GACAUCACCCCACCACUAUAUAUAGAGUUACCACGUUGCAAAAGCAAGCUGUAAACAUUUUCCUGCUAAUAGAACAUUCCAGGUCUCUGAAUUGAUCUCCUAUCUGCUAACCGAAUCAAUCCUUCUCUCUUCAGUUCAUCGCCAUGGAUAUUGAAGAAGACAUCAAGGCGUUGCAGCUUGAUUCAUCUGCAGAAGAUAGUGUGAUGACUAAUGCUGAAGAUGGAAAACCUGAUGAAGCUGUAAAACCUGAUAAAAUUGAUGGAGACGACAGUGUGAUGUCGGAAGAAUGCAAGCCAGAUGAUGUUGUAAUACCUGAUAAUAUGGAAGAUGGCCGGAAAGGGGAAGUGAAGCUGACACAUGUAGAUGAGGUUGUUAACGUUAAUAGAAAGAGACAUCUGAAUGUUGUAUUCAUUGGUCAUGUUGAUGCUGGAAAGUCCACAGCUGGAGGACAGAUACUAUUCCUUAGUGGUCAAGUUGAUGAUCGGACUAUCCAGAAGUAUGAGAAGGAAGCAAAGGACAAGAGUAGAGAGAGUUGGUAUAUGGCCUAUAUCAUGGAUACAAAUGAAGAGGAGAGAGUGAAGGGAAAAACAGUUGAGGUAGGAAGAGCACAUUUUGAAACAGAGACGACAAGAUUUACAAUCUUGGAUGCCCCGGGUCACAAGAGUUAUGUCCCAAAUAUGAUUAGUGGAGCAUCUCAAGCCGAUAUAGGUGUAUUGGUUAUAUCCGCUAGAAAGGGUGAAUUUGAAACUGGAUAUGAAAGAGGUGGACAAACACGUGAACAUGUUCAACUUGCAAAGACACUAGGAGUUUCCAAGCUCCUUGUUGCUGUAAAUAAGAUGGAUGAUCCUACUGUGGACUGGUCUAAAGAGAGGUAUGAUGAGAUCGAGUCAAAAAUGAUACCAUUCUUGAAAUCAUCUGGAUACAAUGUGAAGAAAGAUGUUCAGUUCCUGCCAAUAUCUGGUCUCCUUGGUUCAAAUAUGAAAACUAGGGUGGAGGAUAGCGUAUGCCCAUGGUGGGAUGGUCCGUGCCUUUUUGAAGUUCUUGAUGCAGUAGAAGUUCCUCACCGAGAUCCUGAUGGUCCACUAAGAAUCCCUAUUAUCGACAAAUUUAAAGACAUGGGAACUGUUGUUAUGGGUAAAAUAGAAUCUGGGAGCAUAUGUGAAGGUGAUAAUUUAUUGGUGAUGCCAAAUAGGGCUGCUGUUAAAGUACUUGCCAUAUUCUCUGACGAAGAUAGAGUUAGGUAUGCGGAUCCCGGGGAAAAUGUACGAGUUAGGUUAUCUGGAAUCGAGGAAGAGGACAUCUUGUCGGGUUUUGUCUUGUGCAGUGUUGCAAAGCCCAUAUCUGCAGUUACUGAGUUUGUUGCACAGUUACAGAUCUUGGAGCUGUUGGACAAUGCUAUUUUUACUGCUGGCUACAAGGCUGUGUUGCAUAUUCAUGCUAUUGUUGAGGAAUGCGAGAUUGUUGAACUGAUUCAGCAGAUUGAUCUCAAGAAAAAGAAGCCCAUGAAGAAAAAACCUUUGUUUGUGAAGAACGGCGCAAUCAUCCUAUGUCGUGUUCAGGUGAAUAAUCUUAUUUGUAUUGAGAAGUUCUCUGAUUUUCCACAACUUGGACGGUUCACUCUUCGCACUGAAGGGAAAACUGUUGCUGUGGGGAAAGUGACCACCCUGCCGACUGUUGCAUAAUUGCUUCAACAACUUGAAAACUGAAAAAGUGUUUUCAGAAGAAAGGGUUGAACUUAGAUGUUCGCUGCAAACCCAGGGCAGCAGCAGAGACAAUUUUUGGUCCUUUGCAGCAUUACCCUGAGCUAAGUUGAUUCGUCGUCUGAUACACACGCAAUGUUCACCAGUUUAGCGUCUGCCUAGUGUGCUAUUGGUUCUGGUAUCCAUUAUAGUUUUAUACCACCAUUCCAUGAUGGUGGUGGUUUUUUAGUGCGCUGUGCACUUGAUUUUGUUUGACAAUAGAUCCGUUAUACAUGCUGGUCAAUCUUAUGCACCAAAAAUGCCGAUUUGGGCCUUUGGUUAUAGCCGAAUGCAUAGCAAUUAGUCCUUUUGAAGAACGAUGGUGAUUAGAAGUUUAUUGCGCUGAUCUCCAUGUAAGGCUAUCGUUUUCAUAUCCAAUGGUUUGAGAUAA